UUCCGUGGCGUUGGUCGCUCAGCCCGCUCUCGCCCGCCCGCUCGCUCUCCCUCUCUCUGUCUGGAUGCCGCUUGCCUCCCAUUGCGUUUCGGCCCCGACUGAUCGGAUCAGGGCCCCGCCGCGCAGAGACGGGGCGCGCCGAGGUAGGAUCAUGUCCCAGCCGCUGGUGGUGGCGCAGCGGCGGGCGGCGUGCGUCUCGGCGGCCGUGUCGUGCUUCAAGAGCGCCGGGGACGGCUCCGUCACGAUUCUGCACGCAGGCUCGCCGGCGCGAACCUGCUUCCAGCUACCCACGCCGCCGCCAACCCCUUUGGCCAUGGGGAGCAAAGCGCUGCCCGCCCCCAUACCCAUCAACCCGGCGCUGCCCUUCACCGUCAACUACAACCUCCUGCAAGCGGUGGGCGCCCUCCCUCCGGGUCUCGAAGCGCUCUACGGAUUCGGGGCCUUGCAGGGCCUUCACCUGCAGCAGUGGACCCUCGGCUACCCGCGCCUGGCCGCGGCCGCAGCGGUGCUUCCUGAGCAUUGCGCGGUGCUCGAAGGACGCUUUCCUCUGCCGCUCCUGCCGCUGUCGCCCCACCACCACCACCACCAUCACGCCAUCUCCACCUCCUCCUCCUCUUCCUUCCACGCGGACGACAAACGCCACUCGCUGCUGGCGCGCAAGGAGCGGCCGAGGUUCGACUUCGCGAAUCUCGCGGCGGCAGCGACCCGACGCGAAACCCUCGAGGAGGAGAAGAGGCUCAAGAGCGCCGCGCUUGCGGGAGGAGGAGGAGGAGGUGGGGGAGGAGGAGGUGGGGGAGGAGGAGGGGGAGGAGGUGGGGGAGGAGGAGGAGGGGGAGCCGCGGUGGCGUCCGUGGUGAUCGGCGUCCCAGCGAUCCAGAAUAAAGUGGGGCACAAAGCGACGCGCGGGCGAGCGCCCUCCAAGGCGAAGAAGGAGUUCAUCUGCAAGUUCUGCUGCCGCCACUUCACCAAGAGCUACAACCUGCUGAUCCACGAGCGCACGCACACGGACGAGCGGCCCUACACGUGCGACAUCUGCCACAAGGCGUUCCGGAGGCAGGACCACCUGCGAGACCACAGGUACAUCCACUCGAAGGAGAAGCCCUUCAAGUGCCAGGAGUGCGGGAAGGGCUUCUGUCAGUCGAGGACACUGGCCGUGCACAAGACCCUUCACAUGCAGGAGUCGCCACACAAGUGCCCGACUUGCGGCCGGACCUUCAACCAGAGGAGUAACCUCAAGACUCACCUGCUAACGCACACAGACAUCAAGCCCUACAACUGCGAACAGUGCGGCAAAGUGUUCCGGCGCAACUGUGACCUGCGGCGGCACAGUCUGACGCACAACCCGAGACUCGUCUUUUGAACGGCGCCUGGCGGCUUGACGCGGGUGGCAACCUCGCGUGCGAGAGGGCUGCCAAGCGGUGGCGGCGGCGGCGGCGGCGGUGGUGGUGGUGGCUGUGGCGGCCACGGUCACGCGCAGCUGUAGGGCACGCGAGAGGAAGAUUCGAGAGCAGAGUUGCACGGCGGUUGUCGGUGGGGGAGGGCUGCUGCAACCUCCGAUUUAUCCGUGCAGCUCCGAUGAGCACCGCGGGCUACGUUACGGUGCGAAAGAAGUUCAUCGUACCGGGGGAGGUGCCCGUGAAGAGGAGUGAUAUUGUCCUGCGAGCCUCCCCCCACGCCAUCGCCUUGCGCCAGGGCUCAUGCUCGAACCACGGCACCCUACUGACUGGCACACACACACACACAGAGAGUGGUGUGCGUGUGUGUGUGCGUGUCCACGCGCGCGCGGUGUUUGUAUGGAAUUUUGAAAUAUCGCACUUAUAUAAAGGCACUCGAUGGCCUACGCGGCUAAAUCACACGAUGGGGGUGGGGGAGGGGGGUUGGGGUGAUGAGGCGGGUGUGCAUUUGUGAGCGCGCACAUGCGUUAAGAACCCGCCGACCCGAGUUCGAUCAUAAUCUAUAAUUAUCGAUCAUAAUCGAUAAUUACAUAUUAUAAUCGAUAAUUAUAAUAAUCGAUCAUUAUCUAUCAUAAUCGAUAAUUAUAGAUAAUAAUCGAUAAUUUGCGGCCACGGCCAACAUCAUUGGCGAGCGAUAUAAGGGACGAGGUUUUUUUGUUUGUUUUAAACUUAAAACGUAGGAGUUCGUAGCCAAUGCAAUGAUGGGUAUUUGUUUAUGAGUUAGGCCUCGUAACAUGACCAAGUGACCAACCGAACCCGUGCACAAAGUACGCAUCAAGAACCGGUUCAUAAACGGGCACCCCCUCGCCCACCCACUCCCUUCCUUCACCAACUCGCACUGGCCAGCGAGGUCAAACAAGCCCCAGGGGCUGUUAAAUCGUCACCAUUGUGAUGUGAAUCACUUGGGGCACGCUUACACAUCGCGUGUACAUGGAACUACGAACGCCCUUGACGGUGACGCAUUGUCAAGUGACUCUUUGACGUGACGCAUGCCGAGUUGGAUCGGCCUCGUUUUGUUCCAGAGACGAGUGACUGGAUUUUGAAGGUAGCAUAGUAAUAUAUAUACACACACACACAUAAAUAACAAAAUAGAUAAAGAUCCCCCAUAUAGCCUUUAUCAGACUGUUGGGGCAAGUGAAUUUCGUGAAUGACCUAUGAAGGCCGACACUGAACACGAGGGGGUGGUCAUUACCACGCCCGGCCGCCUUUGUCUCCCUCGUGACAACGUUUACACACCGCACCAGGUACUCAUUUGAGGCCGAGUCGACCUAGGGGAGGCCCAGGACCGGUUCAGAUAAUCGUCACCGGUGUUGGCCGUGAGCGGGAAUACGAACCCGGGUCGCCAGGUUCACAGCGCAGCGCGCUAACCGCUACACCACCGCUCCCCACACACACUCACACGCACACACGCACAUUGACGAUGAGUCGGGGAACACCACGAGUGUGCUGUGGCUUACCCCGCGUGUCCCGGGGCUCUGCCCACCGCUGUGUCGCUGCGUGCCAAGUGCCGGGUGCCGCCGCGUUAGGAGCUACCGCCCGAAGCUCCCGCGACACGGAAGAAGACGAAACAAUCUCCCCGCAUCACAUCGCCAGGGUGGGAGCGCCCGCACCGUCGGA